AUGGAAGAAUUAAAAGGUGAAAAUUUUGACCCGCCUAAUCCCAUAUAUCUUGAGGAAGAUGAAGCUACGAGUGACUAGUUGAUACAAAUGAGAAAAGCAAGUAACUAGAUUGAAGCAGUGUCAAACAUCUACUAGAUUUCUUUGGAUACUGCAAAAUCAUUUAAAGCAUAUCAGUUGCUAACUUCAAAAUAAAAUCUUGCGCUAAUUAAUUUGGAAAAUAUCAAAGCAGCAUUGGAAUUAUCUUAAUCAGUCAAAGGUGACAAUUAGGAAUAAUAAUAAAUCCAAAAUCCAGAAAAUCAAAGUGAAUAAAAUAAUCAACUGGCUAUACUAAGUAGUGAUGUUUUAAUAUUAGAUCAGACAAUAAAAAAUUAGUUUCUAAUGGUGGUGACUUAAGAUAGUAAAAUCAAAGUCAAACUUGAGGAAAUUAGAUUUAAUUAUUAAGAUCAUUCGAGAGCUAUUCACUUUGGGACAAAUUUGAAAGGGUUUGAAUAAUAGAAAAUGCAGACAUUCUAUUCUAAGGAUUCAUUUACCAUUAAAAAUGAGAUGGAAGUAUUUAGUGGUUUAGGGCUAAGUCUAAAUUAAAAUGAUGAGAAGUCUUAUAUCUAGCUAGAUAGUGUAUAUAUGUUUAGACAAAAGAAGACGCUUAAAGAUAUCAUUAAUAAACUGAAAGAAAGAAAUUAUGAAGAAGAUAAGAUUACUUAAUUUAUCAAAGAUAUACUAAGUUGGAGCUAAUUUUUAUCCUUGAUAGAUAAGAAGACAAUAUAUAAUGGAUAUCAAUUUGAACAAGAUUUGAUGCUACUUGAUCUAACUAUUGAUACCGAAAAAUAAAAGUUAAAUUAAGAUGCUAUAACAUACUUAGAGUCACUUAGCAAAGAAAAAGAUAACCCAACUGAAGGAUAGAUCAUAGAGGGUCUGAAAGUCAAAUUUCAUGAUAUAAUUUUGCCAAUUGAAACUAUGGAAAUUUUAUCACCUUAUGACUUUAAGAAAAGACUGGUAUAUCCAGAGCUGAAAAGCUUAGUGGAAAGAAAUCCAGAAGAAUAUCUUUUAGACAAUUACGAUCAACUCAAAGUUAUUAUAAAUGAUGAUGAUAAAAAAAGGCAAGCUAUUCAAUAUGGCAUAAAAAUUCAAACUUAGCCAUUGAUAUUAGAGUAGGUUGAAAUUAUGGAUCCUAGCAAUUUACUACUAAAGAGAAAUGUUUAUCAGAGUAGAGAAGUACUGGAACUAAAGAAUAAUAAAGAUUUUAGCUAGCAGGUAUAUAAGUCAUUUUAUGAGGUAGCACCGAUAGAUACAUGGGGCAUUUUUAUUUGGAAAAAUGAAGAGAUUCUAGCUUUAAAGAUGCUCUAAGUAUUUGCUGAGUAGGUAAAGCUACUUGAUUGUCUGGAUAAAAGGAUGCAAAAUCCACCCAAAAUAUUCACUUUAAGUUAUGCUGAAGAUAUAAAUGAGUGGUUCUAAUAUUUAAAGGAAAAAAUUGUUGAGCAGGCAAAGUUACUAGUGCAAACAGUAAUUAUAGUUUUACCAGACUUUCCAGACAGUAAAAAAACAAACCUAUUCAAAAGAGAAAUAAAAAAGUUGAUGAAUAGCCAGAUUCCUGUAUUCUCUGUAAUUAUGAAAUCAAAGUAACUUAAGAUAAGACUUAAAAGAUAGGACUUGUUCAACAUUAAAUGCCAAAGUGUACUGUUUAAGGCUGUAGUGAAAUCUGGGUCUACUCCAUUUAUAUGCUAAAAUCUACCCUUAAUGGAAAAGCCAACAAUGAUACUAGGUCUAAUCAGAGAUAAUGAUGGAAUAUCAGUCUGUGCUACUCUGAAUAAAGAAUUAUCAUAAAUAUAUGGUAACUUCAUUCCAAAACACGAUAUACUUACUUUAACUUAGUUAUUAGAGGAAGCAUUUUGCUCAUUUAAAUCAAGUUAAAAUGUGUUUCCUUAAAAAGUAAUAAUAUACAGAUAGAUAUCUAAAUAUAGAAUUUAUCAAAGUGAUUAGGAUAUUUAAUGUGAAAUUAAGCUUCUAAGGGGUAUUUCAGAGAAAUAUAAGGAGGCCUCUCACCCUUUAUUCAAUAAACAAGACCUGAUAUUUAUCACAGUAGAUUAAAAUUUUCAAUAUUUGCCAAAAUUAUUCAGUUUCGACAAUUUGUUCAAAUAUGUUGUUAACUCAUAAAGUGAUUUGCUCAUAGAUAAUCUUCCACUAGUUUCGAAGGAUACCUAUGCAUUCUUUAUCAUAAAGCAGCCAAAGUAAAAGAUUGAACUUGAUGCAACUGGAUAAGAAUUAUAAAUAUUUUAAAAUGAUUAUUAAAGCUGUCAUACUACUUAUUUCCAUGUCAGACAUGACUCAACUUUUAAUUCAAAAGAUAGAUUGUGUGAUAAUAAAGAACUUAAGCAAUUGACCAAUCGACUCAGCUAUUGUUCUUAUGAAAAAUUAGGGAGUUCUGAUGUUCCAUGUGUCAUUGAUUAUGCACUAAGGCUGAGAAAGUAUUUGACCUUGGGUAAAAUUGAAGAUUAAAUUGAAGUUAUGGAGGUGCAUCCUAAAUUAAAGGCAAAUAAUGGCUUUUACUUUCUUUGA